AUGGAGAAAAAACAAAAACAAAUCGUUGUCAGCCAAAAUAGAAAAACUGGAGAGGAAGCAUUGGUAAUCAUCUUGGCUCGAUUAUCAUUGAAAAGCAUUGCGAGAUUCAGAUCAGUGUGCAAAGAGUGGAAAUGUUUAAUCGAUUCCGACUUCUUCCGAGACUUCUACGAAUCACUCAACUCCUCAACCUCCUCCGUGUCGUGGUCAAUCAUGAAUACAAAGAACAAAACAUUUGCGCUAGAAAUCGUGGGACACCAUGGAUGUGAGAGAUGGGGACUGACCGAUUCCUUAGGCUCUUUCAUGCGUCACAAAUUCGAGACACAAGUGAGAAAAACAUCAGUCUUGACCUGCACCGAUGGAAUUGUAUUGCUUUACACCGAAACCAUCGAAGGAUCGCUAAUGUAUCAUGUCGUAAAUCCGUUGUUGCAACAAUGGUUUCGAAUCCCUCUUCCUCCACAUCUCUCUGCUUUUGAUGUAGUAAGGUUACAAGAAAAUAAACAUUUCUUCGACACUGGAUUGGUCACAAAGAUGGAAAAGGGUAUUGUCGUGGGUUACAAGGUUGUCUGGACACUGGUCCCACGUGUGCUAUCUUCUGACCUAACUUUUAUGAUAUAUUCGUCAGAAACAGGAGCUUGGAAAACCGAAAAUGUGCGUUGUGUCUAUGCAAUGUUUUGGUGUAACCUAGAGUAUUCGGUUCCCCACAACGGAAUUCUUCACUGGAUUUCCGCGAGUCGUAACUCUAUGGACCCAGAUUAUGUCGUAUCCUAUGAUUUCUAUAAUAACGUCGGAGGAACUGAUGGGUGUCGUUUGAUACCUUUUCCUGAUUACAAGACACAUGAAGGGACUCGGUGUUUCAGGAGAACAAUCACAACGUCUGCUGGAUUUGUGGUGUAUUGCAAUGUUUUCUCUUAUAAUGGGGGUCGGAUAAUCAUGAUUUGGAGGCUGGUCUCUAGGAAUCGUCAUCCUAAUUCGUGGCAACUCUCGUGGAGACUCGACACUAACUCGUCCUUGAUCGGUUUGGGUGCUGAUUUUUUCCCCGUGGUGAUGCAUCCUUUUAACUCCGACAUCAUAUACUUGUGGAGUAGGAACAAGAACGGUUUGGUCUUGUUAAACUUGAGGACACACAAGUUUACUCUUCACAAGGAGUCAUCAUCGGAGAACAAGUUUAUGGAUGGUUGCACCAUGAGUAUUAGCGGUUGCAAGGAGUAUAUGGACUCGGUCUAUCCAUGUUUCUUCGCCAAAGAAUUAUUGGGUGGUGAUCACAAUCUCUACUUUUCACAGUACGUGCUUCCACGCUGGCUAAACCCGCUCCCUCAUCUUUCUUCUUGA